AUAAUUUUUAUUUACUAAAAAGCUACACUUUCAAAAAUACUAUUUAUCAAGAGUGCAUGUCUGAUACAAAAGAAAAAUUAGAACUUGGCAUUUUAGAACGGAUAUCAACUAAUAUUAUUUUGCUGAAUAUUUUUGAAAGUUGCAACAUCUUGGUCAGUAACUGUUUUUUUUUUGCAUGAUGGUAAAUUUGCCCCAUAUUUGCGUGUGUUCUGUGCGGGGUUAGCCUCAUCCACGUGGCAGCAUUGGUACCGUUCAUCUGACUAACGGCUGUAAGCUUCAGCCGCCGCCGGGUGCCACUCCACCUUAUGCCCUCGCCGCAGAGCCGGAAAACCCGAGCUGAAUCCAGCGGGCUCCACCACUCCUCUCCCCUCCAGUCUCGUCUUUCGCAUUUCGGUCUUUCUCCUACUCCUCAAUUUACUGUUUGCUUCACUUAUCGUCGUCGACCUCCUCCUCCGAACUUCCGACCUCCACCGUCUGUGACUGUGCGACGGCGUCGUCCUGGUGGCUGGUGCAUCUCGCUGUCGUUGCGUGGGUGUGAGUGUGUGACUUCACCUCAGGCUCACGGCUAAGUGUGUGCGUGGCGGCGACGUCCCCUCUCCUUUCCUCUGCUGGAGAUACCGGCGUCUGUGUGUGUGAGUGUGACCUCGAGGGCUCUGAAAUCGUCGACCUCGUCUGUGCGCGUUAGGUGCUUCACUCGGGGUCACGCCUUCACUGGUUCAGAUUCCAGCGUCACUGGUUCACUGUCCACGUCACUGGUUCAGAUUCCGGCCUCGUUGGUUCCCUUCCUUCAUUCACUGGUUCUGGUACGGUGGUUCCGCAGUCCCUGGUCUCGGCUUUUCAGGGAAGUGAUGAUGAUAUUCGAAGGUGAAUUUGGCUGUAAAGUGUUGCAAAUAGAGACGAAAGUAAAACAAGUGCCUACUGGAGAUCCCAUGAUCCAGAGACCGCCUGUAGAUUCUUCUUCAUUAUGGAAUUUAUCUUAUAAAAGUGCGUGCCCAGGCAUGGAGCUUUUGAGGCCACAACUUUCGACUUCUGAGCCACAUGCUCUUAGAUUGAAGUUAGGGUGCGAAAAAAUUUACAACGACAGAUCAAUGCUAUCUGGAAGUUUUCUAUGUGCCAGUCAAAAGCCCAGAGGUGAUAAAACUGUGAAUAAAAGGCUACCCCAAAAUGUUGAUUUCCCAUCCGUGUUACCUAAGAAAAAGAAAAAACCAUACCCUAUUCCCAUUAAGGAGAUCAAACAAGCUGCAAGGGAGGACAAAAAACUUGCACAAAUGGGAAUAGAGAAACCUCUUGAGCCUCCAAAGAAUGGAUUACUUGUGCCAGACCUAAUUCCUGUUGCCUAUGAAGUAUUUGAUGCUUGGAAACUGCUAAUUAGAGGUCUUGGACAGCUCUUGCACAUUAUUCCUGUACAUGGCUGUAGUGAAUGUUCAGAAGUUCAUGUGGGCCACUCAGCUCAUCACAUUCAGAGUUGCCUUGGUCCUACCAGUGCACAGCGUCAUAGUUUCCAUGCAUGGGUCAAGGCUUCUAUCAAUGAUGUGCUAAUCCCCGUUGAGUCAUACCAUCUCUAUGAUCCUUUUGGUCGGCGCAUCAAGCAUGAGACACGGUUUGAUUAUGACCGGAUUCCAGCUGUUGUGGAGCUAUGCAUUCAAGCUGGAGUAGAAAUACCAGAGUACCCUUCACGUCGAAGGACCACACCGAUAAGAAUGCUAGGGAAGAGAGUCAUCGACAGAGGUGGGUAUGUUGAAGAACCUAAGCCAUGGUGCACAGCAGAUCCCUCUGCACUUAUUGAAUUCGAUACUUACCAAGCUUGUGACCGAUUCCCACCCCCGCCAAUGUCAGACAUAUCUAGAAUUGCCCAGGAAACGAUCAACGCGUAUGAAACUGUCAGAAAGGGAGUCAGAACGUUGAUGAAGAAAUACUCAGUGAAGGCGUGUGGAUAUUGUUCAGAGGUUCAUGUGGGGCCAUGGGGUCACAAUGCCAAGCUCUGUGGAGCAUUCAAACACCAAUGGAGGGAUGGGAAACAUGGCUGGCAAGAUGCAACAGUGGAGGAAGUUUUUCCUCCAAACUAUGUGUGGCAUGUGAGAUAUCCUGCGGGACCUCCCUUGAGUGGUGCUCUGAAAAGAUUCUACGGGAAGGCUCCGGUUGUGGUUGAAGUGUGCAUGCAAGCCGGAGCAGAGAUUCCUGAUGAAUACAAACCCAUGAUGAGACUUGACGUUGUAAUCCCUGGUGCUGACGAAGCUAAACUGAUUGCAUGAUUGUGUUCAUGUGCUGUACCACUUCAAGGGCUAGUUGCUAGUGUGUCUAGAACGUGGAGAUGUUACUUUGGGUUUUGUCUGAUCAAGUCUUUUUUGAAUAAUUAAGGAAUACGCCAUAUAUAAAUAUAAAUAGUUCCGAGUUAUGAAUGA